UAAAAAAGAUAUUGAAAACUCUAAGCAUAAAUGUCCUCAAUGUAAUGCAAAACUUCCUAUACUCGCUGAAACUCAACAAGAAAAAGAGCAAACCAUAUCCAAUAAGAAAGAGAAAGAUUCAAUUAAGCCAUUAACUUUUAGACCCUAUCAACUUAAAGAAAGUAAAUCAGAUAAAUCGGAUGAAUCUACAAGUUCAAUAAGUAUAACACAAAAUUUGGAACCUCAAGACGGUGUUAAAAUACCUGAUGUUUUUGUACCUGAUCCUUUACCAAUUAAUCCAAAUUCUGUUGAUAAUAUUCACAAAAUUUUUGAUCAUAUUCAAAAUAUUAGUAGAGUUAAUAAUGGAAAUUGA